AUGAAGCUUCGUGGCAGCUUGCAUGCCGACAUCUCCAGGCUCACUGCGCUCACCAGCCUCAACGUGGCGCCCAACCUCUUGGAUGCGCGCAUGAGUGAGUGGGCUCUGCCUCUCACAGGUCUCAAGGCACUCAAGCAACUGUCUCUCAACUACAACUGGUUCUCCGACCCUCUGCUCUCAUUCCUCCUCACCAUGUCCUCUCUCUCAACGCUCAACGUGAAAUUCAACUACCUCGCUGGUCCCAUCAUCGGCACUCCCUAUGCCUCCCUCAAGUCCCUCAACAUCGCCUCCAACCUCCUCACAGGAACCUUCCCAGCAUCUUCUAUCACCGCAUGUGAUGCACGCAGCAACUGCCUAGAAGACUCUCUCAAGGCGGUGCUGGGAGUGCCUCUCACUAACUGGGGAGUGAGCUCCCUGUGCAAAGUGGUCCUCGUGGUUUCCGGGGUCAGCAGCUCCUCUCCUGGCCCAAGGGACUUGGGAGACGUGCUGUGCAGCCCGGCCGGUGUUGUGGUGGAGAUCAACCUCAACACGCGCCAGCUGGCUGGGUCCAUGCAUGCAGAUAUCUCCAAGCUCAUUGCGCUCACUGCUCUGGUUUUCCACUCAAACUUAUUAGCUGGUUGCCUGGAUGCCUUCACAGCGCCCUUCACCUCCCUCUCCAAGCUGGAGAACAUCCAACUGCACUACAACUACCUGUUUGGGCCCAUCCCCUCGGCUCUAAUCAGUCUCAAGAGCCUCUCCAAGCUGUGA